UAUAAAAGGAACCUAAUCCCUACAUGUACUGUAUGUCAAACCGUAGUUGACAGAAGUAAAGACUAUGACCAUGCUUUCCUUGGUAGUGAUGCUCCUGUUCCCUGCAGUCCACCACGGACUCCCCAGCUCCGCAGUUGACGUUCCCACCUACGAGCACCAAGAUCCGUCCACAGGGGAAACGCUGGCCUGCGAGAAGUGUCCGCCGGGCUCUCACAUGGUCGCCCACUGCACCGCCAACACACGCACCAAGUGCCAGCCGUGUAAAAGCGACCACUUCACGGAGUUGUGGAACUACCUGCCCAGGUGUCUGUACUGCAACAACUUCUGCUCACACACCCAGGAGGUGGAGACGGAGUGUUCUCCAGUCAACAACAGGGUCUGCCGGUGCGUACAGGGCUACUACCUGAUGGAUGACUUCUGCAUCAGACAGUCGGAGUGUGGCGCUGGAUACGGUGUUCAGUCCAAAGGUACAUCAAAAGAAGACACUGUUUGUGAAAAGUGCUCCGAUGGCUUUUUUUCCAACUCGUCGUCUGCAGUGGAUUCGUGCGUAAAACACCAAGAGUGCGCAGGCGGAGAGCUUGCGCUCCUCCCCGGUUCAAAUCUCCACGACACCGUGUGUGGCACCUGCAAGGAUCUGGAGAAUGGAGGUGAGACGCUGAGGACCUUCCUCGCAGCGUUUUUUAGCGCGCACAGGAUGGGUGUCAGAAAAAUGAAGAGAUUUGUUGCCAGAAACAUGUAUAGCUCGGAUGAGGAGAGGGGGGAUGAAGACGCGAGCCUCACCGAGCAGAGAGGCCCUCUCCUGGGCCAGAUCAGGGCGUGGCUGGCCGACGCCCCGGUGGAGAAACUGAGGCGGAUCCCGCAGAUGCUGAGGGCCGUCCAGGUCAACUCCAUGGCGGAUAAACUUGACAAGAGAUUCAGUGAGAUCCAGGAGCAAAGCCUCGAUUGUACCUUAACUCUUAAAUAGCUCUAAGUCAUGUAAGAGUAGAUAUAUGAGUAGGAGUUGUACGUAUUUUAUUAUACAUCAACAUUUUCUCCUGUGAUUUAUUUGUAUUUUAACAUAUUACAGAGACUGAGCUACCUUUUACAAGAUGAUUUUUAAAUAAAUAAAGCUGCGUAGUGAGAUUUUGUCACUGAAAUGUUCAUAUGAAUGUCUUGACUUGGUGAAUGUAAUGAACAAAAUGUCGAAAACUAUUAUUUCUGCUGAUUUUAUGAAUGAUUGUACGUUAUUAUUUUGUGUAUCAAUACAACAACAAUAACAACACGUUUCAAAGGUGUAUGAAUCUUUACAAUUACAGAUGAAAUAUUUAAAUGUUUUGACCACCAGUUGGAGCCAUUAUAUUAUGCCUUACAUUGUGCACAACUACUAUGUAUGCAAAACUGAA